GGGGUGGAGUAUUUGGAACAUGGUUUUAAAUUUUAAAAAAUAAAAAAUUAAAAUUAAAAUUUUCAAAAUAAUAAGGGCUAUUUUGGUUAUUUUCGUUCUUGAGAUCUAUUUUUGUGACAAAACCUUAAAAAUAAUUAUUUGAGAGAAUUUCCCAAAGUUUAUCCUAUAUUAAUAAAUUUAUUUUUGUAUAAAAAUAUUAUAUAGUGUACGAAUUUAAUCCAUUUUAAGAUGAAUGAUAAUUUAUUUAAAUGAAACAAUUUUAAUGGUUUUUGUUAAUUCACCUAUUUAAUAUAGUUUUAUCAUAUUAGUUCAAGGGGAAAUUACAUGUUUACCACUUUCAUGGUACCACUUUUCAUUUUUACCACCCCUAAGAAGACAUUUUCAAAAAUACCUUCUUCAUUAAGUGGCAAAAGACUCUUAUGCUCUUGUUAUUUAUAUAUAUAAUACAUCAUUAUUUAAAUAAAAAAUAAUAAUAAAAAAGUAAUAAAUAAAUAAAAUAUAAAAUAAAAUAAAAUUAAAAGUAAAAUUAAAAAAGUAAGAUUUUGUUAAAUUUUUUUCAACAGAUUUUGUUAUAAUUAAAAAAAAUUAUAGUUGAUUUAUUAUUAAUGUAAAUAAUCAAAUAUGUCAUAUCAACUAAUUUUUAAGUGGUUCUACUAUGACUUAUUAAUGGUAGAUAAAAAUAGACUCUAAAUUAAUAGAUUAGAUUUGUAUAGACGUUUUGUUAGGAAAAAAAAUUAAUGAUUUGUUCUAAAAUUUUAUAAACUAAAAUAUUAGUAACAGACUAAAAGUAUAACAUUUUUUUUUGUAACUUAAGUAUAACAUUUUUAGAAGAUUAACAAACAAUAAAUUAAAAUAACUCAUUGUGGACAUGAUUUUAUGGUUCCUUGUUGCUUAAUGAAACAAUAAAACAAAAAAGAAAAACAAAAUCACCAAGUUCAUAUGUUUCAUUUUUCAAGUUAGCUCUACAACCCAUGCAAUUUGAAAGAUUAUUAAAAUCGUCACGUAUAAACUUAUAAACAAUCUUAUUAUCAAAUAGACCUUUGCGGUCGCUUGUAUGACUGAGUCAAUGCCAUCACUUGGCAUUUUAAACUUCAAGUACAUGAUCUUUUCAACUAAAGUUAUAAUCUUCUUUAUUUUGUGCAUUUAAUUAAGAUAUUACUAACAUAAACAUGGUAGCAACAAAUAACUCCCAACAUAAUGCAACUUCAGGGAUGCCGGUGUAAUCAACAUUUUACCAUUUCAAACUUCGAGAUAAUGAAAGCUACAAUUUAACAUGGUAACAAUAUAAUAAUUUAAACGGCAACCAACGUAAUACGACUUUCAGAGAACACGGUUGAAUAAGUUUUACCAAUUCAGAUCUUAGAUGAUUAAAGCUACAUGUUGGAGUUCUUUAGAUUAAGGAAUCAAUGUAGCAGAUAUAUACGUAUUGACGUGUUCAACACCCAAAAUCUUCUAUAAAUUGAACUCCUUUUCUCACAAGUUUCUCACAUCUUCAUUGGAACCAAAAAAAAACAAAGAGAUUAACAAUAAUUAAUCCUUAUUUUCUUCAGAAUAUACUAUAUACACAUACACUUGGCAAUGAAGAGUCUCUCUUGUAUUGCAGUUCUAUCUCUCUUGGCUUUGACACUUCCAUUAGCCAUUGCUUCUGAUCCAAGCCCCCUUCAAGAUUUCUGCGUUGGUGUCAAUACACCAGCAAGUGGAGUGUUUGUGAAUGGAAAGUUCUGCAAGGAUCCAAGGAUCGUUAACGCAGAUGACUUCUUUUCCUCAGUACUCAACAGACCUGGAAAUGUAAAUAACGCUGUUGGGUCCAAUGUGACAACCGUCAAUGUUAACAACCUUGGUGGAUUGAACACCCUUGGAAUCUCACUUGUUCGUAUAGACUAUGCACCCAACGGUCAGAACCCACCUCACACUCACCCACGUGCCACUGAGAUCUUGAUUGUCCAACAAGGAACCUUGCUUGUAGGGUUUGUCUCUUCAAACCAAGAUGGAAACCGUCUUUUCGCCAAAACGCUCAAUGUUGGUGAUGUAUUUGUGUUUCCAGAAGGACUCAUCCAUUUCCAGUUCAACCUAGGACGAACUCCAGCGGUUGCAAUCGCUGCGUUGAGCAGCCAAAACGCAGGUGUUAUCACGAUUGCUAACACAGUGUUUGGGUCUAACCCAGCUAUAGACCCUAAUGUUCUUGCAAGGGCAUUCCAGAUGGAUGCUAAUGUCAUCAGGGAUUUACAAAAUAGGUUCUAAUAAAAUAAGAAAUGUCGUACUUGGAAUUGCUUUAUAUUACGUUCUUUGUUCAGAAUAAUGAUUACAAAAUCAGUAUGAUGUAUGAUGUUGUUUGUUUGUUUUUAUCUUAACUGAAGUUUUUUCAGUGAAUAAAUAAUCUUGUGCUAAAGGUCAGGUGGCUAAUUAGUUUAGAACUUUAUAUUAGUAAUUUAGUAUUGAGCAUGUUGUGCCUAAGGUUCAUGAGGCUUUAAACAAACAGUAAACUAAUGCUGUCUUCUGAAACUAAUAUAUAAUUAUGAUUUAUAAAUUUAUAUAAAUAGCUAGAAAAUAAUAAAUAUUUUUUGUAUCAUUAACGGUGAUAGAUGAGGUAUCUUCAUCAUCAUCUUUAAUCUACUAUCUGGGCUAGACGCCAACUUUCUGCCUCAGAGGAUGCAAUCUGGAUAGUUUCCAAAGGGGAAAUUUUUUUUUCGUUGAAUUUUUUUCCGUUUCGAACUUUCCAGUUGUACCUACCAUAUGAUCCAAGGCACAAAGGCAAGGAGAGAACCCAGAACUUUUAAUUCUGUUGCGCGCCAUAGAAGGUGAUCAAGGUUGCUAUAUAUCUAAGUGCAGGAGAAUAACCCCUGAGAAUGAGAAAUGUUCAAUAGUGACCAAGCUUGGACGAGAGAGGACAUUAAUUCAAAGAGCAUAUGUUUACGUGUUUCCUCUUCUACGCCACAGCGUGGGCAGGUAUUGUCAGUGCCGCAAUGGUGGUCAGAGAGCGAACUACAAACCGGAACAUAAUUGGAUAUCGCUUGCCAAAAUAAUGUUUGAUCUUUUUGGUUGUCUUCAUCGACCAUACUUUGGCUUUCAGGCCAGUGGUACUAGGUUAUAUGAUUUGAUCCAGUUCAAAUACUUCUAUUGUUUCCAUAGCUAGGUCAUAUCCUGAUUUGAAGCUCCUGAUUUGGUGAGGUUCCAAUAGAAGCUUCUGGUUAAAAAAAAAAGAAAAAUCUUCAAUUUUGGCGUAGAAACCCACGUAAAUAUAUAAAAA